CUUAUCCUUUUUAUCUUUUUUUUUGUGGUGAUAUCAUGUAUCGAUUCAUGUUGGCGGACCCCAAUAUCUUUUGGGACUAAAGCCUGGAUGUUGUUGUUAUUGUUGUAUCAUGGAGGUGAUGGCGAUUGAAGAGGCAGCUAGGUGGGCUGGUUACUCGGGAUGGCAAAACCUGAUGGGAAUAGUACAAAAAAGCAGCAGCAGCAACAGCCUCCCUCUAGCUUCUACAAUGACCAAAUGCACGAUGAACUUGAAGAAAUGCUGGUGCACAACAAAUGGUCUGAGCUAUGGACAGAUAUAGAUGAAAUACAGCGAAGAGCAUACCUUCGGGAACUCCUAGCUAACUGUGCUGCUGACGUAAUUCUACUUGGAAGAGAUGAAUUCAAGGAAGGAGAAGACUAUGAAAAACCUCCCAAGGAGCUUGAAUCUAUCAUCAGACAGACAGCGGCUCAGAUGCCCAGAAGUGAAAAGCCCUGGGAUAACGUGAAUGUCAAUGCUCCCUUUCAAGAGGAAAUCGGAAAGAAUAUCUGGCGAAGAGAGAAGACAAAGUCAAAGAUCUGGAUGAGUUGAAAAUCCGAGGCCUUAAUCAUUUACGAGGGAACAACAAGGGCGGACAAUUAUUCCUGCUAAGCCAUAAUUACAUGGGGAAACAGAGAGAGGUGUGGCAACAUGAACUUCAAAGUGCAAAGGAUCCAGUUUGGGCCAUCCUCAAUGUAGCUGAGACAAAUAUUCAAGAUAUCAAACUCUCUGUCUAUCAUCUACAACGCUCCAAUGGAACUGAAUUCACAUGCAAAGAAAAUGAUUUCUACAUGCUAAAGAUGGAUGACGUCUAUCAGAUGUAUCUUGCAUUCCAAGAAAUUCCCGGGACUCGAGACAAGAUUAUGCAAAAUGGGUUUGAUGCACUCAAACGCUUUAUGAUCAGACAAAUCAAAUUCUUUGCCUCUCAUGAUCUUCAGAUGGCUCUUGAAACAAACAUGCCAAAGACAAAUCUCACAAGACCGAAGCUGUAUGGACAAGAACUUGAGGACUUUCCUGAGUACUAUAUCUUUGAUAGUCCAGUCACACUUAUCUAUCUGAAUCACAAUGGCGAGAAACGUAUGCUAUUCAUUGAUGAAAUUAACAAGUACUGUGACGGAACUCUGAAGAUUGUGAAAGAGAAGCUACAACCUAUCAGAGAAGCGUUUAAAGAAAAACAACAGAAGUAUGCAGAUGCCACAGAUGCUGAAUUGAAAGAGGCACAUAGAGUUGAUAACAUUCUGCAGGCUAUCCAGAAACAACUUGAUAGAAGAAAUUCACUCAGGAACUACGAGCACGCGCUAAACCUGCGCAAACACUAUUUCAAAGCUCAGGAGUGAAAAUACCCAGCAAGACGACACUUGACCACAAAGGGGGAGAUUGUUAGAACUUUUAUUGUGAGUCAAGUUUGUCUGUAAUGUCUUGUUUAAUAAGGUAGACUAGUUAUACCACUUAUGGUAUUAGAAUAGAAAUCAUUUUGUAAUAAUUGGGUUAAAGGGAAUAAGGCCCAAAAAGGCCUUGGCCCAAACCUCAAGGUUUACCUAAAUCGGUAACCUGUACAGCGCCUAUAAAUAUGCGCCUUGUGUACAGGUACCGAUAUCGAUCAAUACAAC